GCAACCAAGAAGAAGAGACGUAGAUAGGGAGGGAGAGAGAGAGACAAUGUCUCAGGCAACCGCCAUUGUCACUGGCUUCACCAUCCUCACCUUCUUCGUCGUCCUUCUGCCCGUCUCCUCCUCAGAAAACAUCACUCAACCGGUCGCCCCUGACACAGCCUGCGACGUCACCACCAACCCUUCCUUCUGCAAGACCCUUAUCCCCAGCCGAGCUCGCUCCGACCUCUAUGGCUACGGCCGCUACCUGAUCAAGAAGUCCCUGCAACAAUCGGCCAAAUUCUCCUUCCUCCUCGACCGAACCGUCAGGGGCAAACGCCGACUCUCGCCGCUGGCGACCGGCGCCCUGAACGACUGCCUCCUCCUCUCCGAGCUCAGCACCGACUUCUUGAUCUCCUCCCUCACCACCCUCGACUCCAACGACACCACCAACCUCCCGGACGCGCAGGGAGACAAAGUCCAUACACUCCUCAGCGCCAUUAUCACCAACCAGCAGACUUGCUUAGAUGGGCUCAACGAGGCUUCCUUCCUGAAACAAAGGGACCCUCUCCACGCCCCGCUAAACGACGACAAGAAGCUCUUCAGUGUCUCGCUCGCCAUGUUCGCCCACUCGUGGGUGCCCAAGAACAAGACCAGGAAGGCCGCUCCCGGCGCCGCCAAACACAAGCCCGGCCGGCACCUUUCCGACGAGCUGGCAGUGCGGGAGGACGGGAUCCCUUACUGGGUCAACCGUGGGAUUUUCAGGAUGAACAGACGGAUGGCGCUUGAGGGAGACAGUGUCCUGGUGAACGACCUGGUGACGGUCGCGCAGGACGGGAGCGGCAACUUCACCACCAUCAACGACGCCGUGGCCGCGGCGCCGGACAAAAGUAUCGCCGACAAUGGCUACUUCGUGAUCUACGUGACCGCCGGCGUCUACCAGGAGUACGUGUCGAUAGGGAAGAAGAAGAUGAACAUAAUGAUGGUGGGUGAUGGCAUCAACCAGACGAUCAUCACGGGCAACAGAAGCGUGGUUGACGGCUGGACCACCUUCCACUCCGCUACCCUCGCUGUGGUUGGCCAAGGUUUUAUCGGGAUUGGCUUCACCGUCCAGAACACGGCCGGACCGGCGAAGCACCAAGCAGUUGCAGUGAGGAACGGGGCCGACACCUCCACCUUUUACCAGUGCAGCUUCGAGGGCUACCAGGACACGCUCUACACCCACUCCCUGCGCCAGUUCUACAGGGAAUGCGACGUCUACGGCACGGUCGACUUCAUCUUUGGCAACGCGGCUGUGGUCUUCCAGAACUGCAACCUCUACGCUAGACUGCCGCUGCCCGGCCAGAACAACAUGUUCACGGCUCAGGGCAGGUCGGACCCGAAUCAGAACACAGGCACCUCCAUCGUAAACUGCUCCAUUCUGGCCGCCCCGGACCUGGCGGCCGACGGCAAGACCCAGUCGUAUCUUGGCCGGCCGUGGAAGGAAUACUCAAGAACAGUCUACAUGCAUUCCUUCAUCGAUGGCUUGAUCGACCCCGCCGGUUGGUCGCCGUGGUCCGGCGACUUUGCGCUCAGCACGCUGUACUACGGAGAGUUUGGCAACAGAGGGCCUGGUUCGGACCCCAGCAGGAGGGUCCAGUGGCCCGGCCACCAUAUUAUGACCCUCAAUGACACCAGCAACUUCACUGUGGUUAACUUUGUGCAAGGGAACGCCUGGUUGCCUACCACGUCCGUGACCUUCUCAGCUGGACUCGACUGAGUGGAGAAAGAAGAAAAAGUCAUUUGUCUUUCUUUGCCAGUAUGCUCACUCUUCUACGUCGCAGGAGAACAGAACCAAACUAAGACGGCAACCCUUUUGUCCUCUUCCCAAUACAGCAGGACAGCACAAGUUGUUCUGCAAAUUUUCUUCUUCAAUUUUUUUCUUUACUUUUGGCGUAUGAUCCAUUCUUAUAUGAUUACGAAGCAUAAGAAUUAUGAUGCCAUUGAAAAAGUAAAAUUUUAUUGUUAC